AUGGAGGUCUUCCUGUCCAACGUUCCCCAGCAGCUGACGGAUCGUACGCUGGAGAAACAAUUGAGACCGCACAUGAACGCCCUGGGCUUGACUGCUUGGACUUGCUCUACCAGAUCCAAUAAGAAUGUCGGUUGGAUAACCUUCUUGUACGAGAGAGAUGGCGCUGCCUUUCUACGGCGCCAUGGGAAGCAGCCCUUGCCGGGCUCAACAAAUACGCAUCCUCACCAACCCCAAGACAGUCGCCACUUCCCGACCAGAAACAAAAAAGGCCCAAAGGAAAAGGCAAAUCUUCAUCUGAUGGGCGUUCCCGUCUUCGUCGCAAGAGCCAAUAAAGCACCAGACCCCUUCAUGAUCAAAAGUAUCCGCCAUCGCCUCGAGGAGCAGGUCAAACAAGCGCCCAUCGUCGACGAAGCUAUUGUCUUCCCGGCAAGGCAUCUCGCCUGUGGUCACAACUCUUUUCGAAACGAGGCUCAAGCCUUGACUUUUGUUGAGCAAUUCCGCUUAGAUGUCGGAGCCGAAGCCAAAUUUGGCAGGUUCAUGCUCAUUUUGAGAUUCACCAACGACGUCAAGGUCGAAAUCCCUUACUCGUCCAUCAUUGAGAUGAUUCAUUCUUCAUCUCCCUGCACCUUCACCCUGGUGCUUGCUGAACCCCCGAGAUUCUAUCAUCUGUCGGGUCAGGAUUUGGACGACCAGCUGUCUCGACUAUCGCUGUCAGCACCGGCUCCUCCUCCGUACAAGCAAUACGUGCGCUGUCCUGGUAUACCUGGCGACAAGUCGGUUGCCGGUUAUGCCGGCAAGUGUCUGGUGUACCAGCUCAGUGUCAUCGACGCCGACUUCGACCGCAAGAUGAUUGCUCUGGAAAACAGACGGUUGUUCGAAAUCACUCACUUCCAAAUCGCCUACGACCCGCGACCAGCCCUUUGGAGCCUCGACUAUCAAAUCUGCUGGGACAGAUUCUACAAACAUCUGACCCAACUGGGAACGGACAGGGUUUUGCCCUUUCGCAUCUUGUUUCUUCUGCAGUCUUUGGUGUGGAAUAACUUUCUUCAUCCCAAGGUCGCUCACGACUUGGUCGUCAAAAUCGAAGUCUUGUUCAAAGAUGCGAAAGCUCAUAGAAGGCCCGACCCGAUUUCUGAUCAGGCUAUCCAAAUCCUGCGGGAUGGGCCGACAGAGAGCUUGCCCUUUGCGGUGACCGAUACAGACCCGCGGAUGCUGGAUCCGGCCGAGAUCCUGUCCUUUUUACUUGAGACUGAGCAACGAAUUCAAACCGAGGGUGAUUACAGGAGUACCUUAUUUGGCCUUGAUGCCUUCAAUCACCACACCUGGGUUUUCAAGGCGGUGGUAACCCCAACCAGAGUAACCCUUCAUGGGCCAGAGAUGGAGCCGCUCAACCGAAUUCUUCGCAAACAUCCGAACCACGCAGACUACUUCAUGAGAGUUCAGUUUUGCGACGAAGAUGGCACAGACUUAUGGUUUAACCCCAGAGUGUCGUACGAAAAGGUAUUCGAGCGCUAUCGAGCUGUACUGAACGGAGGAAUUGCGGUUGCAGGUCGCGUUUAUCAGUUCUUGGGAUUCUCCCACUCCUCCCUCCGCUCCCACGCCACCUGGUUCUCGGCUCCCUUUGUCGACGAUAGCGGUAAAAUGCAGCUGUACCAGAACAUCAUCAAGUCCCUCGGCGAUUUCGAACACAUUCAGAUUCCGGCUAAAUGCGCAGCCAGAAUCGGGCAGGCCUUCUCCGAGACACCCUCUUUCAUCUCACUCACUGACAGCGGGAUCGGAUCGUGGGACAUUCCGGACAUCAAAUCGUUCGAUGGCGACAUGGAGCGCGUGUUCAGCGAUGGGGUGGGAACCAUCUCGCAGGAAGCGCUGGAGCUCAUUUGGCCCCGUUUACCGCGAGGCUCCCUCAUCCCUACUUGUCUUCAAAUCCGUUGCGGAGGCGUGAAAGGCAUGCUGUCAUUAGACUCAAGGCUACCGGGACGUGUCAUGUGCAUCCGGGCAGAAUCGAUGGAAAAGUUCCCAAGCCAAGACAAGACAACUCUCGAAAUUUGCGAUGCCGCCUCGAAACCGCUCAAGCUAGUGCUCAACCGGCAAAUGAUCAAGAUCAUGGAGGACUUGGGCGUACGAAGCAGCUUUUUCCUUCGGCUGCAAAAGACAGAGCUUGACCGACUGCGUGCUGUUACGGCCGAUGCCUACAACACUGGGACUUUCCUACAUAUGCAGGGCAUUGGGUUGAACUGCUUUCUGCCGACAUUCGUCAAAAGCUUGGAUCGAUAUGGCAUCGACUACAGGCGGGACAACUUUCUCCGCACUAUGGUCGAGUCCAUCGUUCUUCAAGAAUUGAGGCUCCUCAAACACAAGGCAAGGAUUCCGGUUCCGAAAGGCGUCACUCUCUUCGGCAUCAUGGACGAGACCGGCUUCUUGAGGGAGGGCGAGGUCUAUAUUGCCUACGACACCUACCGCCGUCCCGGCAGGGUCAUGAUUGACAACUCCCUCAAAGACGGCCCAGUCCUUGUAACACGGUCGCCGGCCCUUCACCCCGGCGAUAUUCAACUAGUGAAAAUGCGAACACCGCCACCGGGACACCCAUUGAGGAAUCUCAGGAACUGUAUAGCUUUCAGUCAACACGGCAAACGCGACCUACCCAGCCAGCUGAGUGGCGGAGACCUCGACGGCGACCUUUACAAUAUUAUCUGGGACAGAGAAGCUAUUCCCAGAAUCACUUACAAUGCCGCUGACUAUCCUCGAGUAACACCGCAAGCACUUGGCAGGACGGUACAGAGAGAAGACAUGGCCAACUGGUUUGUUGACUUUAUGAAGUCAGACUGUCUAGGAUUGAUCGCAACAAGACAUCUCGUCGUAUCAGACCAAGAUGAAAAAGGAACUGUCGGGCAAGACUGCCUAACGCUCGCUGGACUACACUCGACUGCCGUAGACUUCUCCAAAACUGGCAUUCCCGUCAACCCCCGAGAUAUCCCAAAGGCCCCAAGAUUCCGUCCUGAUUUUCUCGCACCCGCCCCACCCGCCCAUUUGUACGACCGCAAUGUGAUUGACUUCGUCGGCAAGGAUGAUACCACUGCCGAGGAUGACGAGGAUAUGCUACCUCCGCACCAAUACUACAAGUCAGAAAAGGUUCUUGGGACUCUCUACCGUAAUGUGGAUGAGAAACAGAUUUGGGACGAAGACAUCAACCGAGUUGUAUCCAGAUCCGGCCCCUCGAUGUGGGAGCAAUUUGUUGGUCUCAUGCAACGGAAGAUUUACGACUACAGUUACGGAAGGAUAUCCUGGCAGACACGGCGAGCUGAUGCAACAAGGCUCCGAGAUGUAUAUGAAGACACCGUUGCCAACGCUCGUACACACUUCGCGGACAACUAUAUGAAACCAUUGACAGAAGUCGAGGUCUUCUGCGGUUCCAUCUUCAACAAAACUGGCGCGCAGACUCGACGUCAGAAGGACAACUCGAAGAAACUCAAAGCGGAAUUUGAUCGCCUCUCAGAGUGGCUCGUGGCGCAAAUGCGGCGCAAAGUCCGGAAUCCGGAACAGGAGUCUGGAUCUGCCGUCUUCGGUGCGGCCAGUCAGAUAUCUGCUCAUGGGGACGACCCUAUCGCUCGGAUUCUUGCGCCCAACAAGGAGGCUCUUGAGAUGUCAUAUGCCUGCCUGAUGGUUGGUUUGACGCGCAGCGAGGACGUCGAUGAAAAGCCGUUACAGAGUUUCAAGGUGAUCGCAGCCAGUGUUGUGCUGAAAGAGCUGACGGAGCUUGCCAACCGUGUGCGCGGCGGACGAAUGGUCGCUCCUACUAAUGAGUACCAUGGCUCCGGUGGAGGCUUUGUUGGCGUGAGCUCUGGACCUGGUGUGUCGUACGCCUACAACGGGUUUGAUGUUGAUGUUGGACAGUAUCCAAACUAUGGGUAUAGUGAGUAUCUCUGA